AUGAGCACAGCUGUUGGACAACGUAAACUUGAUAAACCUGAGAAAGCUAAAGACAAAGGCAGAGGUGCUAAAAAUAGUGCCAAAGCAAUAUCACCUGUCAUUGAUGGACCAGUUGAAUCUGAUACAACUCGACCACUCGAUUCUGAAGAAAUUCAAGCAUUAGCUAUUCGAGCCGAGGAACUUGAAAAAUUACAUCGAGAAAAAAGUAGCAAAAGAUCAGUUGAUGAAGAAGAAGAACAGAAAGCUUUUAUGGUUGUUAAAACCAAGACAGGUCCACAAAAACAACCAAUUCAAGUAGCAAAAAUAACUCUAAAUCAACCAGUACAAGAUCAAUUGCUUAGUGCAGGAUUACGAUUUGAUACAUCUGGUAAAUUACUUCCAUAUAGUAUUCUUGGUUCACUUAAUGAAUAUACAGCUGAAUUAUCUGAAUUAGACGCAGCUGGACUUUCUUCAACAAAUACAAAUAAAGAAAAUAUUGAAGAUGUUCCUGAUCUUGCUACCUAUAAUAAAAAAUCUAAGCGACCAACUGGUAGUCCUGAUGGAGGUGCACGUUCAUUAAAUAAUUGGAAAUAUCGUAUGGAUGAAAGACGGCAAGUUAUGCAAACUAUGUCAAAAGAAUUGAAUCGAUCACCAGCUACAUUAUUAAUGAAUCAAACAGAUCGUUGGCGAGAACGUAAAGAACUUAUUGAUCUUAUGGAUACAACAUUACCAUUAUUACAAAAUGGAAAAAAUUGGCGGUUACAUAGUGAAUUUUGGGCACAACAACAACUUAUCGGAGAUGAAGAUACAGGAAUACAUACUACAUUAACACGUACAGAAAUCGGUUGUCCAUUACCAGUUGAAACAAUUGGUAAAUCGAAUAUUGGUCUUCAUGAAACUGGUAUAGAUUUAACUAGUAAAGCUUCAGACGAUUUACAUAAACGACAAUGGUUUAAUUCUGAAUAUUUGGAAAAACGUUUGAAUCAAUUAGAUCCUUAUAUGAAAGAAAUCGUUCCACAUAAAGCUGAUCUAUCAUCAUUAGAAGUUGUUGGUCAUAAUUCAUUAAGACGUAGAAGUCAACAAAAGAAUGAUAUUGAAGUUCAUGUUUAUGGAAAAUCAAGUGAACAAGAUCAAGAUUAUGAAACAGAAAUAAUAGAUAAUAUUCAAACUGAUGAUGAUACUGAUGUAAAUGAAAAAAGUGGAGAUUCUCUUGAUAGUAGACCGGAUGUUGGAGAUUUACCUAUCAUGGGUCCCGCUUUGAAAAUUGAUACAUUUGUAUUUCAACAAAUGCCAUAUAUAAAUGAAGAUGAAGAUCUUGAUUUUAUCUAUGAAAUUCGUGUUCAAUUUGAAAGUCAAGUUAAAGAAAGUGUAACACGUAUGGUUGAAAUAAAAAAUGUUGGAACAACUGUUUUCUAUUAUGAAUGGCAACAAAAACCAUAUACAAAACCAUUUGAUAUUGUUAAUUCAAAAGUUCAACGAUUUUAUUUCGAUAAUCGUACAACACCUAUAUUUCAACGUUAUGAGCAACCUCUUUGUUCUCAUGACAGUUAUGGUUCAAUUCUACCAAAUGAUAAUCUUAAAUUAUCAUUUGUAUUUAAAUCAAAUGAAUCAGGAAUAUUUACUGAACGUUGGCAGUUAUUGACACGUCCUGUACUUUGUGGUGGUCGACCAAUAAUAUUUACAUUACGUGGAGUAACAACUGAAGAAGAUAUUCAUCGACAAACACGUCUUGAUAUUGAACAAAUGCUUUUUCAUAGAGAAGCUGAAAGUAUUGUACGAAAAAUUGUUGAUAAUAUUCUUGAUAAUGUUCGAACACCUGAACGAGCUCGUUCACCGAUUGGUUUCUAUAUGACAGAACAAGAACAAUUUCAAGAAAAACAUCCUGAUCUUUUCUUUAAUCAUGAAGUAUUUGAACAAAUUAAAAACAUUUAUCAACAACUUGUACCAGCAGAUGAAGAUCGUAAAUGGGAUUUGAAAAUUGAUACUAUACGUCAGAAAAUCUUAUCACUUGAUGAAGAAAAUCCUGAGAAAUCAAAUUUACUUGAACAACUUAAUCAAGCUAUUCAUCAACUUACACUUCAACCAUUGAAACCCAGCGAACAAACUACAUAUUUAGUUUGUUAUGAUAUUAUGAAUCAAUUUAUUGAUUCAUUUGUUGAUGAAAUGAUUCUUAUACAUAAUAAAUGUCAAAUUGCUGAACCAACAGUCGAAUCAUAUCCUGAUUUUGAUAUAUAUGGAAAUGAAUUCAAUACAUGGAAAAAAAAUUAUGAAAUUACAAAACAACAAGAAAAUGAAAAACGUCCGAAGAGUGCUGGUGGUAAAGAUAAAAAAGGAGCAGCUGGAAAAGGCGACAGAGGAAAGUCUCCAAAGAAAGCUCCAGUUCCACCUACAACUCCAUCUGCUGCUAGUAAACGUGGAGCAGCUAGUGGUUCAAAUUCUCAAAUGAGCAAACAAUCAUCAUUUAUUGAUUCAGAAAAAUCCGAUAAAGAACGUGUACAAUUAACACAAGAACAAAUAGAUGAACGUUUAAAACUAACUCAAGAAUCUUAUUUACCAGUUUACACAUUAUUAUGUCAUACAUUCGAUCGUUUAGAACAAGCAUUAGAUGAUUUAUCUGGAAAAUCUGUUUCAACUAAUGAAAAUGCACUUUAUACACAAUUGGCAACAUCAAUACAAAAUCAAUCACUUGAUAUUCUCGAUAUUCUUAAAGAUGAAUUAACACGUAAUGUAAUGUCAGUCGAUAUGGAUAACUUUUUUUAA